AAGAUGAUGAGGUUCUCUGGGUGGAUUUUGCUAGGCCUACUUGUGAUAGUGUGUGUAGCUGUAGAAUUGUGUGAGGCAUUUCCCAAAGGCUGCCACUACUGUGCCACACGUGAAGCAGACGGUUUUCCACGUGAAAAAUGUUGCAACGAAUGUCCUGUUUGUCGUUACAAUUUCGAUGUGGAAGCGCCGAAGGAUCCAGGAUGCAGGAAUCUUCGCAAAUACUACUACGACGUAGAGACAUUACCCGAUUGUCAGACCGAAACGUACGAUCGACUGGAUGCAGCAGUUGAGGUUUUACCUGGACGUGGAUGCAGGAAAUCGAACCAUUACUACUAUGACGUCGAGCGACCAUGCAAUUGCGAAGAGGAAACAUACGAUACACACGACUUUGAAGUGCAUGAAGUAAAAAAGCCAAAAAAGUGCUCCAAAGUGAAGCUGGAAAGUUACGCGGAUCACCCCUUGAGGGAAUGUCACUGCGAUUGCCAUAACCGACGGUACGUAGAUGAGUUAAUUAAAACAAGCACUUUCUUUCCUGUCUCAGCGUCAAACGAUCCAGACGACAGCGAUCGUAAUAGUAUAAAAAGGUUAAAGCGUAGUAUUUUAAGCACUUCAACGAACGAAAAAUCAACGGUCGACUUUACCCAGUGCAGCACUCGUCCAUUGCUGAAUCAUUCACCAAAUCCAAUGAAAACUAAUUUAUUUCGAAAAAAUCCAUUCCUGCGGCGCCAACCAAACGGACCGCGCGCGAAGCGAAAAGAACACCAAAGUUUCAUGGCUUCCCACGGAGGAUUUGUGUGCCAUUGUGCUCCUUCGGAUCAGGCAGGUUUUACCCAAGAUAGUGAAAUAGUGGGAGCUCCCAAGUCGUCCAAACUUGCACCGGAACCAGCCGUAUACGUAGGCGACUCGUCGAAUCCGAUAACGUACGAUCAAAUUAAAAACCAUUUAGAUGCGUUGCCACGCGAGAACUACUCGGCGACGACUAACGAAAUCAUAGGCAAUCUAACCAUGUUGUUCUAUGACAUUUACCAGCAGAAGCAUAAAAAAAAUUUUACCAUACCGUUGAAGUACGGGACCCGCACGGUGAUCGACAAGGGUGAUGGCCUUCAAACGUACGACAUUAAACCGAUCGAAGGAGAAUAUAAACCACCGAAGUUGAAUCGCUUUGCGUCGAAAGGCCUGAACAUGAUUGGUCGAAAGAUCGAUCGAAAAACAGGACAAGAAUCUACACGACCAGAAAACAUUCGCAGGAAUCGUUUGCGGAGGAUAAUACCCUGA